AUGGGUAGCAAGCUGUCCCCAUUGCUAGCGGACCUCUUCAUGAGCGAUUUUGAGAACCAAGCUCAAAAGAAGAAGUUGUUUCCCAGGAUCUGGUGGCGCUACGUUGAUGAUGUUUUUGCUCCGGUUAAAGAACGAUACCUGGAUCAAACGUUGAGCAUGUUAAACUCCCAACACAAUACGAUUAAAUUUACCGUAGAGAAGGAAGUAGAAGGGAGACUCCCCUUUCUCGAUCUGUUGAUCAGUAGAAAAGAAGACAGCACGUUGAAAUUCGGGAUCUACCGCAAGCCUACCUCCACCGACAGAUACAUCACUUCGGAUUCCAAUCACUUCGGUGCCCAGAAACAAGCCGCUUUCCACUCUAUGGCACACCGGUUGUUCAACGUACCCAUGGCGAAGGAAGAGUUUGAAGAAGAGAAAGACCGUAUUUAUUCAGCAGCCGAAGUGAAUGGGUACGACAAGCCUUUUGUGGAUAAAAUCAUCCGAAAACAUAAGCGAAAAACACAGCGCAACAGUAUAACUACCCUACAGCCGGACACCAAAGAAGUAAAAAGAGUAAGCCUGCCAUUCUACCCGAAAAUAACGAACCCCAUAAAAACCACACUUCAUCGACAAGGGUUACACGUUGUUCACAAAAGUGAGAACACUCUGCGUGACCUGCUUUGCAACCUCAAAGACAAGGUUCCACCUGACGAGCAGUCUGGCAUAUACCAGAUUCCCUGCAAAGACUGUCCGGCGGUUUACAUUGGACAAACCCGCCGAAAAGUCAAAGUCCGCAUAAGGGAACAUAAGAACGCCGUGGUGUCUAAGAAGAGCAACGAAUCGAGCGUGGCGGCUCAUACGGUGGAAACCGACCACGAAAUAGAUUGGGGAAGUGCAAAGAUCGUUAAAACAGCGGCGGCGGCGGCGGCGGCGCAAGAGGCAGAAGCCGACUCGCGUGUUUGCCUGGAGAGGUGGCCAGCAGAGGACGUCGUCGUCGUCGUUGUCGUCGAUGGUGACGGCGGCGGUGACGUGAGGUCAGGGUCAGGUGGCGCUAGACUCACGUGGCGGGUGCCGGCCAACGGCGGUGGAAGUUCGAUGAAUCCGGCGCUUGGCGAGCGAGAGGUGUCUAAUAUGGAUCGUCAUUGCCCUCUCUGCACGGAGCCAGACAGCCCGGUCUCUAUGAUCGAUUGUGCUAGAUGCCAAAAACGGUAUCACCAUUCAUGUGCCGGUGUGCAAGAUGACAAUCCGGGUACAUCUAGCACCUAUUACUGCAGAUUGUGCGUUCCCCGGGACCCAGCCCCCUCCGUCUCCAUGUCCAAGUCGGCUUCAACCACAGCAAGCGCACGGGAGGCACGAUUGCAGUUAGAAAUGCUGCAGCUAGAGGAGGAGAAACGUGUCCACGAAAUGCUGAUGGUGCAACGGGCAGAAGCGGAGAAGCAGCUUCAGGAACGAGCCAUGCAGCUCGAACGGGAAAGGAGCGAGAAAGCGAUCGCCGAAAAGAUCGAACUGGAGAAGGUCUUCAUCACUCGCAAAUACGAUUUGCUACGUGCACAAGUGGAGGAAAGCGAAGACGGAAGGAGUGUGCGGAGUCGGCGGAGCAGCGUCAAAAGCAUCGAAAAGGUGCAGAGAUGGAUAGACAAGCACCCAGUGACCCUGACUUCCAAUUCUGGGGAUCGUACCCCCACUGGAACCACGUCACAGCAGGGUAUUUCAUCCAACCAGCUUCAGCCACCAAUUACAACACUACCAAGCACGUCCGGAUUGCAAAACCACCAAUCUGCAGCAGCGAUCAAUUCCGAUGCGUCCAAAGACCAAUCCAGCGGUGCAGCAGGUCUACCUUCCAGUGGUUUGGAUGUACCGAGUGAGAUUUCGCCGUUAGGUCCAACAACGGGAGCCGCAAAUUUGCUUGCAGCGUGUCAUUCUACCCCACUCGCCCCGCCAGCAGCUACCAGUCAACCAGCGGUGAACGAUGUCGUCCGUGAUGAUCAACUCAACCGCACAUAUUCUGCGCCGCUGAACCACCUCAUCAGCGCAGGCAAGGGACUGGAGGCCGAAAAGGUGGCCAGCGCGGCAUCAGUGAAUAUCCCGGCGGCGAUCAACGCGAGACUAGCGAAUCCGUAUGAAGCCAUCAAUUACCCAGCGCACCAGCAGGGGAUGGGAUUUAACCCAGUACCAGUUCCAAGUUGUGGGGCACAAGCGGUCAACUUCAACACUCCAACAGCUCAGCAACUGGCAGCCCGACACGUCGUCCCGAAGGAACUUCCUCAAUUUUCGGGAAACCCCGCGGAGUGGCCGCUAUUUUGGAGUAGUUAUGAGACUUCGACGAACAUCUGCGGCUAUAGUGAAGCUGAAAAUCUAAUGCGGCUUCAACGUUGCCUGAAAGGGGAAGCUAGAAAAGCUGUUAAUUGUUUUCUGCUUCAUCCGAUGAACGUCCCGGAAAUAAUCCGCACGCUAAGUACAUUGUACGGUCGACCUGAAUCCAUCAUUGGAACUCUGCUGGCAGAAGUGCGAGCUGCGCCGGCCCCACGUUCCGAAAAGUUGGAGAGCGUCAUCAAUUUCGGAUUGGUAGUUCGCAAUCUCUGUGCUCACUUGGUUGCCACCGGCCAAGAGAUGCAUUUGGCCAACCCUAUGUUAGUCAACGAGCUGGUUGACAAACUCCCAGCCAACAUAAAAUUGGACUGGGCACUGUACACGCAACGAGCGGCCCGAGCUGAUUUGAGAACAUUCUCGGAUUACAUGAAUGUUAUCGUCGACGCAGCGAGUAGAGUGACGCCGGUGAUGGACAAACCGAAGGGAAAAGCAGUCAUAAAUGCUCACGCGUCGACUGAUCAUGGCGGUAGGAAUCAAGGAGACUACAAACCAGCGGCAACAAGACCGGGUUUCAAUAAACCUCAAUCAGGUGGUGGUGAACGGCUUUGCAUGGUCUGCAAGACAAGUGGACACAAACCGAAGGACUGUUCAUCGUUCAAAUCCAAAUCGCUGGAAAAUCGUUGGAAGAUCGCACAGGAGUUACACCUCUGUAGAAGAUGUCUCUACCCGCACGGAAAGUGGCCCUGCAAGGCGCCAAUGUGUGGGACAGACGGCUGUGGACAACGGCAUCACAGACUUCUUCAUCCCGGCAAUCCAGUGGAAGAACGACAACCUGCUGCAGCUUCUAUCUCUGUCUCAGGAGUAGUCAACGUACACCAACACUGCCACAACAAGGUUCUGUUCCGAAUCGUCCCAGUGGAGUUACACGCCAACGGGAGAUCCGUCCAAACGUUUGCCUUCCUCGAUGGUGGGUCCGACACAACAUUGGUGGAGAAGUCACUGGUUGAACAGCUCGCUCUACAUGGACCUGUAUCACCACUGUGCAUGCAGUGGACUAAUGGAGUCAAGAGAAUGGAGGAAGAUUCGAUGAAAGUACAGAUCCAGAUUUCCGGUGUGGGACAACGCAAACAGUUCCAACUGAGAGGUGUGCAGACCGUGGAGAGUUUGGAUCUUCCUCGGCAGUCAGUUCACUUCAAAGAACUAGAGGAUCGCUUCGCUUAUCUACGAGGACUUCCUGUUCUGAGCUACGACAAUGUCGUUCCAGGUAUUUUGAUCGGUCUGGAUAACACCAGUGUGAAGAACUCGCUCAAACAACGCGAAGGGAAGGAAGGCGAACCCGUAGCCACCAAAACCAGGUUAGGAUGGGUGGUGUAUGGCAGCACUGGACCAACGGAUCAAGUUACUUCACACCGGGUACUCCAUGUUUGCACUCGUAGCCACGACGACGAUCUUGAUGGCUUGAUCAAGCAGUUCUUUUCGACGGAGAGCGUAGGCGUGUCUGUUGUGAAACCGGCAGAAUCGGCAGACGAUCAACGGGCACGAAAAAUUCUUGAAGCGACAACGGUACGGACUCCUUCCGGUCGAUACCAGACCGGCCUGCUUUGGAAGUACGACGAGUUCGAAUUUCCCAACAGCCGUCCGAUGGCUGAGCGGCGCCUGAAAUGUCUUGAACGUCGCCUGUCCAAGUCACCGGAGCUCUACACCAAGAUGAGGAAGCAGAUAGCUGAUUACCAAACGAAAGGCUACGCACAUCGAGCUUCGCAGCGAGAACUGGAAGAGUCGGACCCUAAUCGCAUCUGGUAUUUGCCCUUGGGUAUCGUUGUGAAUCCCCGGAAGCCUGAGAAGUUGCGAAUCAUCUGGGAUGCGGCAGCUGUUGUACAAGGAAUAUCGUUCAACUCGGCUCUACUGAAAGGUCCAGAUUUGUUGGUGCCUCUUCAAGCGGUGCUCUGCCGCUACCGUCAGAAGGAAAUUGCUAUUAGCGCCGAUAUUAUGGAGAUGUUCCAUCAGGUGGAGGUGAGGCCCGAGGAUCGACAAGCACAGAGGUUUCUGUGGCGUGACAAACCAGAGGACCCAAUACAAGUGUUUGUGAUGGACGUGGUCAUAUUCGGUUCAACUUGCUCACCAUGCUCUACACAAUUUGCCAAGAAUUUAAACGCAAUGGAACAUUCGAUGGAACUCCCAGAAGCAGCUGCGGCAAUAAUAGAGAACCACUAUGUCGACGACUAUCUGGAUAGCGUCGACAGCGUCGACGAAGCGGUUAAGCUAGCAUCGGAUGUACGAACAGUGCACGCUCGAGGAGGCUUCCAGAUACGACAUUGGAUGUCCAACUCACCCGAAGUGUUGAGGCGCAUCGGAGAGCAAAAUUCGCAAGAAGUUAAAAGCUUUGUGAUGGACAAGGACAGUCAGCAAGAACGCAUCCUGGGAAUGGUCUGGCUACCCAGCGAAGACGUGUUUUCUUAUACGACCAGCUUCCGAAGAGAUUUGGAGCGCCUGUUCGACGCAGCGGUUACUCCCACCAAACGAGAGGUGUUAAGACUGGUAAUGAGUCUGUUUGACCCGUUAGGUCUCGUCGCAUCCUUUGUCAUCGAAGGGAAAGUCAUCAUCCAGGAGGUUUGGAGAUCGAAGGUUGGCUGGGAUGAGCAAAUUCCCGGCGAAAUACUUCCACGUUGGCAGCAAUGGUUGGAGAUACUUCGGUCGCUGGACAAAGUGAAGAUCCCGCGGUGCUAUUUCCCCGGAUACAGCCAAGAAGCCUAUGAAUCGUUGGAGUUGCACGUGUUCGUAGACGCAAGCGAAAGCGCGUUCGCGGCCGCGGCUUAUUUCAGAGUUGUGGACAACGGAACAAUCCGGUGCUGUUUGGUUAGUGCAAAGACCAAAGUGGCUCCUUUGCAAUCGAUUGGAAUACCUCGUCUGGAACUUCAGGCAGCAACGAUUGGAACACGACUGAUGAAGACUGUCACCGAAAAUCACACCAUUCCGAUCAAGCGAAGGGUGAUGUGGAGCGAUUCCAAAACGGUACUCGCCUGGCUUCGAUCAGACCAUAGGAGAUAUCGGCAGUUUGUAGCAUUCCGGAUUACGGAGAUCCUCGAAGAUUCGAACGUUGCAGAUUGGAGAUGGGUGCCAACCAAGCUAAACGUGGCGGACGAAGCCACAAAAUGGGGAAAGGGUCCCAACUACCACGAGAACUGCAGGUGGUUCAACGGUCCUGCAUUCCUAUACGAGGACGAGUCUAAAUGGCCUGAAGAAGAUUCGGCGCAGGAGGACCAUUCGGCAGAAGAGCUGCGGAACGUCCGUAUUCAUGUUCAGCACACGGCUGAACCCGUUGUGCCUUUCCAGCGGUUUUCCAAAUGGGAGAGACUGGUGAGAGCAAUCGCAUAUGUACGCCGUUUCUACCAGAAUUGUCAACACAAAAGGAAUGGCUCGGCGAUCACCACGGGAUUUCUAUCAUGCGAAGAGCUGAAUGCAGCAGAGUAUCUGGUAUGGAAGCUAGUGCAAGAAGAAGUAUUCCCAGCGGAAUCCGACGUUCUACGGAGCAACCUGCACGAGCCAUCGGAUCAACGGAAAGCGGUAGAAAAGAACAGCGGCAUCUACAAGCUAGCGCCAUUCCUGGGCGAAGGAGAAGUAAUACGGAAGGACAGUCGAAUCAAAGCCUCGCCUUACGUUUCGUACAACACGAAAUUUCCAAUCAUCGUACCCAAGCAGCACUACGUGACGCAUCUCCUGGUCAACUGGUAUCACCGGCAAUACGGUCACUCAAACGGAGAAACGGUGGUGAACGAAAUUCGGCAGAAGUACCACAUACCGAAGCUUCGAGUUAUCGUACGGAAGAUUGCGAAAUGCUGCACCUGGUGUUCGGUGUACCGAUGUGUACCACAAGUACCGAGAAUGGGUCCAUUACCGAUAGCACGGCUCACGCCAUACGUACGAGCUUUCACGUUUGUAGGUCUGGAUUACUUUGGACCCCUUACUGUUCGCGUCGGACGGGCUAGUGCAAAGCGAUGGGUAGCCCUGUUCACUUGCCUGACUACUAGGGCAAUACAUCUGGAAGUGGCGACGUCGUUGUCAACCGAGUCUUGCAUUCAGGCAAUUCGUAGGUUCAUCGCUCGUAGAGGAGCUCCCCAGGAGGUGUACUCCGACCAAGGAACCAAUUUUCAAGGUGUGAGCAGCGAACUUGCCAGACAAAUACGGUCGAUCAACGGAACACUGGCGGCUACCAUCACCAACUACCGAACCCAGUGGAAGUUUAACCCACCGUAUGCUCCUCACAUGGGGGGCGUGUGGGAGCGGCUUGUACGCUCCGUAAAACGUGCUCUCAGCAGUCUACUGACCGAUCGCAAUCCAGACGAUGAGACGUUGGCUACAGCACUUGCGGAGGUAGAAUCCUUGGUCAAUUCGCGCCCUCUGACCUAUCUACCGUUGGAGAGCGAGGAGCACGAAGCCUUGACGCCGAACCAUUUUUUGCUCCUAAGCUCCAGCGGAGUAGUUCAGCCAGCCACGAAGCCGACGCAUGAUGCAGAAGCCCUGCGUUCCAAUUGGGGCAUGAUCAAGGUUAUGCUCGACAACUUCUGGAGAAGGUGGCUCAGAGAGUACCUCCCAGUUAUGUCGCCGCAGUCAAAAUGGUUCGGAGAGGUGCGGAAUGUCCAGGUCGGUGACCUGGUGAUGAUUGCCAACGAGAAGGAGAGGAACAGCUGGACACGCGGAAGAAUCCGUCAAGUAUACCCAGGAAGGGAUGGGCGAGUCCGCAGAGUCGACGUGCAGACUACAGCGGGUAUCCAGCAACGUCCAGUGUCUAAGAUAGCAGUACUCAAUGUCGCUGAAGAUGUUGGUAUAGCUGAAGGUUCUGGCAGCAAUACGGUCGGGGGUAUGUGCGCGACGGAAUCCGAGGCGUUCAGUACCACCCUUACAUCCACUGAACGUGAUACUCGGGACAGAGUGGAAACCAACGCUGUCAACUAA